AUGAUUACCUUAAACCAAACUGGUGUUAGUCACAGUAUCUUCCAUAUGCUGGGCAUCCCAGGGCUUGAGGAUCAACACAUAUGGAUUUCUAUUCCCUUCUUCAUAUCCUAUGUCAUUGCCUUGCUUGGGAACAGUCUGCUCAUCUUCGUUAUCCUCUCUAGACGCACUCUACAUGAGCCCAUGUACCUUUUUCUCUGCAUGCUGGCAGGAGCAGACAUUGUUAUCUCCACAUGCACAGUACCACAAGCUUUGGCCAUCUUCUGGUUUAAUGCUAGGAAGAUCUCCCUCAAUCGCUGCAUCACUCAGCUCUUCUUCAUCCAUUCCACCUUCAUUUCAGAGUCAGGAAUCUUGCUGGUAAUGGCCUUUGACCGCUACAUUGCCAUCUGCUACCCACUGAGAUACACCACAAUUCUGACACAUGCACUGAUUGGGAAAGUUGGUGUGAUCAUCUUUCUGAGAAGUUAUGGUACAAUUUUUCCCAUAAUAUAUCUUUUGAAAAGGUUAACUUUUUGCCAAAAUAAUGUCAUUCCACACACCUAUUGUGUACACAUUGGAUUGGCCAAAUAUGCUUGUAAUGACAUUCGUGUAAAUAUUUGGUAUGGGUUUUCUGUCCUUAUGUCAACAGUGGUUCUAGAUGUCCUGCUAAUUUUUGUUUCUUAUGUAUUGAUUCUCCAUGCUGUUUUCCGCAUCCCUUCCCAAGAUGCUCGCCACAAAGCUUUAAACACGUGUGGUUCCCAUGUCUGCAUCAUCAUCCUCUUCUAUGGGCCCGGCAUUUUUACAACACUUACUCAGCGGUUUGGACGCAACAUUCCACCUCAUACUCACAUCUUAUUGGCUAAUGUCUGCAUUUUGGCUCCUCCUAUGCUGAAUCCCAUCAUUUAUGGCAUCAAGACCAAGCAAAUUCAAGAGCAGAUUGUUCAAAUGUUCCUCAUAAAGAAGUGA